AUGGUUAAGACCUUGCCCAAAAUACUGUAUCACGGUGUGAAAAUAUUCCUGAGAUCCCUAAAGAAAAGUAUCAGUGAAGAAAUCGAGCUGAGCAACCAAGCAGCGAGAAUGAGGUACGAUCAGAACAAAUCGCAUGCCAUUUCUGAGACUGCAGAGCAGAUGACUUUGAACGAAGCAAAAUUGGUGCUUCACGUAGACAGAUGUUCUCCUGAAGAAAUGGAGGAACGUUUUCUACAUUUAUUCGAGGUUAACAAGAAAGAAAAUGGGGGAAGUUUCUAUUUGCAAUCGAAAGUUGUGAGAGCCAAAGAAAGGAUAGAACUUGAGAUGAGAAAUGGACUAGUUAAUGUUACGAAUGGAUGA